UGAGCCGCGGCGGUGACUGUGAUAAGUGAUCGCGUACCCUUCCUCGUCGCUAAACGCGUAGUGGCAGUGGAGAAAGAUAGUACGUCGACCAAGGAAAGAGUCUACCUCUUGAUGACUCGCGCUUUACGCAGGGCGCAACGUAGCCGGAGUUCACAAUUAUGUUCGAUGUACCGCCCAAGUUCUACGAGCUGUGUCGCCUUUGUUUAUCGUCGGAUGGUGUCAAAUUGUCCAUAUUCGAAGAGGAGGGCGCCCAGCGGAACUUCGCCGAUAAGAUACUAACGUGCCUCUCGAUUACGGUGAAAGAUGGUGAUUCUUUGCCACCAAUCAUUUGUCACCGAUGCGUGUACAAGUUGGAUGUACUGCACAAUUUCCGUGAAGUGUCACACAAAUCUGAUGUCAUACUCAAACAGUACCUGGAUUAUGCCAAGCAAUUAUCAUCACACGAUGAUCAGAAGAAGUCUUUCUCCACUGCCAAAGUAGCAGGCUUAAGCCCACUACAGUCGUUUCUCCAAUUGAACAAAACAUUGUUCAAUGAGGAGCCUAACUCUCCGGCCAGCAUUAAUCAAAACGUUAUACCUCAGACACAAACGCAUCAUUUGGAGUUGCGUGCCAAUGACAUGCCUGAUCAUGAUAACAUUAAGUGUGAACCUGAAGAUGACACGUAUUCAAACAGUUCUGAUCCAGACAGAUUGGAAAUAGAAGAUCGAGAUGAACAAGAUACAGAGGGAGAAGAGAAUGGUUAUGAUAUGACCAUUAAUAAGAGAAUGAAAGUGGAAACAAAUUAUGAGGAAUCAAAACCGAAUACCCCGGAUCAUAGCCCAGUAAAUAGAAUGGAUACACCCGAAAGCAAUUGUUCGGAUACAAAUAUUGAUCAGGAAACAACAAAAUUGUGGCAGGCAUUAGCAAACAACAGGAGUUUAGAGAUUACAAGGACAAAUGGUGACAAAUUAAAUAAUGGAUUUACCGGCGAAGCAACUAAUCUGCUGCGUUCUUUAAUCAACAACAGACAAAUCGGUAUUACUACUGUUGAUUCCGACAGAGUAUCACCACAAAUUAGAUUUUACAGGGACACUCAAGGGACAACGAUCGAACGUACUGUACCUGAUUGUUCUGUACUCGGAAAUCGUACUAAUGUCCCGUGUAUAGAGAACAAGGGUACUUCCGUGGACAGUAACCCAUCCAGCCCUGCCAGUAUUGGUCGGAAAGAGACUAAGGGUCGUAGGAAGCAAAGUUAUCCCAGUAAAGCUCCGAUGAGCCCAGAUAUCAAUUACCAACAUGAAUCUAACGAAGAACAAGCACAAGACUUCACAACGUGGUCAAGCAAAAUGAAAGUAAAGGUAGAAGAUUCUAAACAGUUUGAUCAGCAUCCAGCUAAUAUGGCAAAAAAGGUAGAUAUGUCUUGCACAAAUUGUGGCACAAUGACCACGACCAUUUGGAGAAGAAACAUGAAGGGUGAAAUCGUUUGUAACGCUUGCGGGCUAUAUUACAAACUUCACGGAGUGAAUCGUCCAGUUACCAUGCGAAGGGACACGAUACAUACGCGUAGACGUAGACCCAAGGGCGAAAAACCGACAAGGCAUAGAAAAAAGGGUGACGCGAUAUUAACACCGCAAUCGGAACAAAUGGAUGCGGAAAGUGCAGAUAUGUUAGCUGCACUUCGACGACAAAUCCAACCCCAUCUGAUGAUGGCAGCAUUAACGCCACCACGUAUACCUGGAGCUCAUCCACCGGUAGUAGCCAGUCAACUUAAUUACUCUCUUCCUUUACCAAGUUACAUGAUGCAUCAUGUGAAAACGGAAGGGCGAGAACAAUGUCAUUUAUCCGCGGACACAGAAGACACAGAAGAAGGAGAUACAGAGAAUGUUUCGGACGUACCGUUAAACCUAGUUGCGACGUCGUUAUCCGAAGAAGCGCACUGAAAAUUCUUCUGCCAGCUUGGAAACGACUUCUACUAGGUAUAUAUGAAACGAAGAAUCUGUAGACAGAAUAGUCUGUCCGGUGAUACGCAGGGUGUAGAAGACGAGAUUCUUCUCCUUCUCCUUUCUGUCACUGAUUCUCGUCCAUAAUCCUUUUUCGAGCUCUCUUUUUUUCUCCUUUAUUUUCUCCACGGUCUCGAGAAUUUGAGGUGGUAGAAUUUUGGGAUAAAUUGUUGUCCCUUGAGCUACCAAGCCCGUGGUGCAGAGCGCACGAAGGAACGAUGAUAUUAAAUACGCAGUAUUAAUUACGUGGUUAUUCAAAAUAUGUACAUAUAUAUACACGAAUAUGAAGAAUAUUUUUAUACAAAAUUUUCUAUGCUUGCAACUAGAGAGCGACGGGCGAUCGUUGUACAUACACGCGCAAAUUGUUCUUUCGGUGUCGCACGUAUUUUUCGCGUUGAAAGAAAUGGUGGUCGUUGUCUGUUUUCUUAGCAACGUAAGAAAAUCAGUGACCAGUGAACGUUCUGUUGGAACGGUGCUAGAUCAUUGUUCGGAAAGGCUUAGAAUUAGAGAUGAAAAAAGAUUUGUCACUAAAGAAAAUAAUUAGUGAAGAAAAUUAAACCGUUUUGUUCCACGGGCUUUUAGCUAUCAGUGAAAAGUAACAAUCAUGAUAGUCUCGUUAUUUUUGCGUAAUAUUUAAGCUAAAAAACAGACCCAAGUGAAUCGACUUUAAGAACGGGAGGAAACUGAUGGAACAGAAAACGGUUGCACGACGUGACAAAUGUUCGUUGAAAGAUAUCCGACGCGUGCUCGGUUAAUUCGAGCAUUACCAAAUUACGUUCAUGCCAGUAUCAUUUUAAAUACCGUAUUCUAGUGGCCUUUCAGCGAUUUAACUCUUCUCUCUUCCCAUUUUCUUAGCUGUUAUCUCGCGCAGUAAGUGCAGAUAAUCUGUUUGCAGAUAAAGUCUUAAUUUAGAUGACGUAGGUACUUUUUUUACAUGAGCACGAGACUGCCGGUGUAAACACAUUUAAUACUCUUUCUACCAAUUAUGUAUUCUCCCCUCUCUCCUUCCCAGCACUCGACGCUACAUUUUUUUUUUUUGUCUCUGUCUCGAAGGCUUCUUGACCGUUCACACGGUCGCCAAUAAUUUGUACUUAAUAGGCAAGCGGCACACCACCAUAAUAAGCUAAGACUCCGAAAGCAAUAAGAAACGCGAUGGAACGUAGGAUAAAUUGUCGUCAUACAAUACUCGUUAACGUGCUCUCUCGACGACAAUUAUUAAACAUACAAGAAUUUCAGGAAGUAAUACUUAGAUAACAUUCAUUCGUAUGCCAGACGUUAAAAGUAACAAAUUUUACUGCUCCACAGUUGCUGUAGGUUUCCACGAACUCUACAAUCUUUCGAAUCUCUUCUUCGAAUCUACUUAAUUUUAUCUGUAUUAUUAAAGGGAAGCAGAAAAAAAGAAAUCUCGUUGUAGAUAGAUAAAAUUACUGGUUGUUGAACAGUAUAGAUGAAGCUGUGAUGUUUCUUUUUGUUGUCAAUUAAUAAUUCAUCUCUUUAUAUUUUAAGGGCUAUCACUGAUCUGUUUUUCCAGAAUGUACAGUUCACGCGUUAACGAACAGAUAUUAAGCAACGUUAAAUAUCACCAUAAUACGAUGGCCAGUGCAUCUACUCAUGUAUCGUUAUACCUAACAUUGUAUACCUAAACAACUUUGCCAAAAAUAGAUUUAGUCUAUGUAACAUAGAAUAUAGUUAAGGGCAUACGAUUAAAAUUAACGUUUUAUCUUUCUCUUUCAUGUCAUACACAGCAUUUACAUUCUCCUUCGUUUUCCUCUUCUUUAUAAUUCUUUUUCAUCAGUGAUACCUCUUGAUAUUGUCGCAUCGUAGAGUUUCUAAAUUCGCUUACAGUAACUUUGUGGAGCAUCUUAGAUUUAGUCGUUAUCAAAGGAGCCUUAUGAACACAUUCGUAAAUAUAUAUACGUAAUACUCGUAAAAAUAUAUAUUUACAAGUACACAUUUACACGUACACAUACACACAUGCAAAUAUACUAUUGUAUACUGUUAUACGAGUACCGACGAUACCAGAUAUCAGUAUCAUUCCUUUAUAUAUUCUUUACAUUUUACAAUUUUAACAGAUAUUUCUUCUGUAUAAUAGUUAUUCGAAUAAUCUGUUCUCGCUUGAAAUUAAUAGAAAAUAACUCGUUUAACCGAUAACAAUCUGCAUAAUGGAGAACAGUGCGUUGCUUUUACUUAAUAUUUAACUUACUUCAAGAAGGAAUGAUAUCGAAAGCGUGGUAUCUUGAUAUUAUACACGAGUAUCGGAGAAAGAGGUAUAAAGUACGAUGAGAUUUCACUCUGGUGAGAUCCGUACAGGAAUAACAGAUUGCUAAACUUUUCUCUCAUGCGUCAAAAUGAUCCUUCCAUUUAGUAUGUAUUUGACACAUCUGUGUUACAGUCGGGUUGAGAAUGAGCGUAUCUUUUAAAUAAGUCUGAACGAAUUUAUUUAUUUUAAAAAAUAUUAUUUAGCGAAUUCUUUCUGAACAUCAUGUAUCGAAUUUGACACGAUUGACUGCAAAUCAAAUUUCAUUUAGUUAAAUGUUCUAUCAUUUUUAAGUGAAAUAUUUAUUUAAAGGGUACGUGACACAGGUUUAGGCUUAACGUAUCUCCUUCCUUUAAUAGGGAAUGAAAUUGAAAGUAAUCACUGAUUAAAGUAAUGUACAGCCUUACUUUUGAUCAGGCUUAAACCGUCAGUUUUAAAUUCUGUCGACAGAACAUUGUAACAUACCAUUUCUAAGUGUACCAUACGUGAAGAGAACGAACUUAUUUAUGAAUAACAUUGAUAGGAAGAAGACAGCAAUGGACAGUUUCUUCGUUAGGCAUUUUUUUCUCAGUUAUAUUUGGCUCUCCGUAGCUUGUUUAAUAACAAAAAAAACCUAACUAUUAUUAUCUUUAUAUAUAUAUAUAUAUAUAUAUAUUUUUUUUUGUAUUAUUACCAACGUAGGCGCGUAAGUAGAAUUAGGUUUGAGCUCUCUACUAAUUCUGAAACUUAGAGGAUAUUUUUUAUAAUUACUAGAAUCGAGGAAUCGAGUAUUGCUAAUUAUACGUAUAUUAUUAAUAUCGAUUGAUUAAACGAUAAUGAUAAUAUUUCUUUUUUUUUUUUUUCUUUUUUUUUAUACGAUUUAGUUGCAAGACCGCCACUCGAUACGGUUCGUUUUUAACCAUGGUAAAGAGAAAAAAAAGCUGAGGCUUCUUAUAGAUUCUUCUUUUUUUAUGUAUCAGUAUUCUACGCGUUUGAUUUUAGUUGUUAAGAGUUUUUAACCAACACUACUUAAUUAUGGAUCCCCGACGGCGAGAUUUGUCUUACUUAAUUAUUAAAUUAUUUAGUUAUCCUUAUCUCCCUACCUUCUCGUUCGAACCCCUUCCUUUUCCUUACCCGAGUUCCUUGCUCCUCGUUUUUGUACGUCUAUUUUUACAUAAGCGACCUUUCCCGAAUAUUAUUUAAACUGUAAUUUAUUGUAUUCUCUGUUUUUUGCACCGACGUUUAUGUAAGACAUAUUUUGGCAACGACUGGCUUAAUUUAUUGUUUCUAUAUUGUACUUUA